AUGUCCUCUCUCGAAGAACUAAUUUCGGGAAUUGUUGGCUCGUUAAGUCAGACUAAAAGCUCUGUUGAAUCAGCUCACACUAAAUACAUCGACGAUGCACAACUUCUUCUCCCGGACACAAUCAAGCAGAUAUCUAAGAAUACCGAGGUUUCUCUUGAAGGAAUGUCGUUGCUCUCAUUGAAGAGCAGCUCUCUUUUGUCGUAUGUGAACAACUUGGUGCUCGUAAUCUUAAGUCACCUAGAAAGGCUUCGCGAUGACAAGACUGACAUUGAAGCUCUCAAGCUUGAGGCUGUUAUGGCCACUGUGAAACAAAGAGUUACUUUGGAAAAAGGCAUCAAGCCUUUAGAGAAAAAGCUUUCCUACCAACUUGACAAAAUGGUUCGGUCUUUCCAUAGAAUGGAAGAAGAGUCUGUCAAAGCCAGUCAAAAGAUAGCCGAAGAGGCUGAACACCAGCAGUCGUCCAAGAGAUCAGCUCGCAAUGCCUCUGGUUCUGAUUCCGACUCUGAUGAGGAUUCUGAUGAGGAGGAUGCUCUUUCAUAUCGACCAGAUGCUGCAGCUUUGGCCAAAUUGGCACCCUCAAAUAAGUCUGGCAAACCCAUCAAGGAGUCAUCGACUGAGAAAUAUAAACCACCCAAAAUCUCAGCUGUUGCUCCACCAACAGCAGCGUUUGAUGAUCGUGCUGCACCUAAACAAAACAACAGAAAAUUACAAAGUAUGGAAGAAUACUUGGCUGAGACCUCUGACUUGCCUCAAGCCGAAUCUUCUAUCGGUGCUACUAUCGUAGGCCAUGGAAGGGGCGGUGUCAAAACAUCUCGUGACAAGCAGAAAGAGAUGGAAGUACAAAGAUACGAAGAAAGCAAUUUCACAAGAUUGCCCAACACUGCUACCAAAAAAUCAUUUAGGCAGAAAAUGGCUGAGAGAGCUAACACUUUUGCUGGCGAGGACUGGUCUAUGUUUGGUAACAAGAGAGAUCUUAAAGAAGGAACUUCCAGGAAAAGGGCGUCAGGCACUGCUUGGGAUAGGGUUAAGCGUAGCCGUUCAUAG